AGUGCUAUCAAGCCGCGUCUGGCUGCUUCGCGCUGGUGCAGGUGCUCUAUUUCAUCGAGAGAGGAUGCGAAAGGAAAGAAGGGGAGGGAAAGAAUGAAGGGAAACGUCGGAGAAAAGUAUGCAGGGCAUGCGUUAAAGGGUUUCAGCAACAGACAGUCUGUCUAACGUCCAGGGGCUCGGCUGAGAAUGAUUUAUUGAAAGGGGCACUUUGAGAUAUGAUGAGGUUUCUUUCUGGUUGGCAAUAGUACUAUGAUUUGGUAUGUGGCCACUUUGAUAGCAAGUGUAUUCAGCACCAGAGGAACGGCUGCUCAAGGUGCCCACGGAGUCAGAGAGGAACCCCAGUUUGUGACGGCCCGCGCUGGGGAGACCGUGAUUCUAGGAUGUGACGUGACCCACCCACUCAACGGUCAGCCCUACGUGGUGGAGUGGUUCAAGUUUGGAGUGCCCAUCCCCUUCUUUAUCAAUUUUCGCUUCUACCCUCCCCAUGUGGACCCCGAGUAUGCCGGUCGAACCAGCCUGCACGGCAAGUCAUCUCUUCGUAUUGAGAGGGUUCGCUCAGAAGAUCAGGGCUGGUUUGAGUGCAAGGUCCUGAUGCUGGAGCAACAGUUCCACACCUUUCACAACGGCAGCUGGGUGCACCUUACAGUCAACGCUCCCCCAACUUUCACAGACACGCCACCGCAGUAUGUGGAGGCCAAAGAGGGGGGCAGCGUCACUCUGAGCUGCACGGCCUUCGGCAAUCCCAAACCCUCGGUCAGCUGGCUCAGGGAGGGAGAGCCUGUAAGGGACAGCAGCAAGUACAAGGUGAGCGAUGGCAGCCUGACACUCGUUUCGAUCACCCGUGACGACAGAGGAGCCUACACAUGCCGAGCCUACAGUGAACAGGGAGAGGCCGUCCAUACCACACGUCUACUUGUCCAAGGACCCCCAUUUAUUGUCUCACCUCCAGAGAACAUAACCGUAAACAUAUCCCAGGAUGCAUUCUUCACCUGUCAGGCUGAGGCGUACCCUGGCAACCUAACGUACACCUGGUUCUGGGAGGAAGAUAACGUCUUCUUCAAGAAUGAUCUGAAACGCAGAGUGAGCAUUUUGAUCGACGGUUCGCUCAUCAUCUCCCAGGUGAAGCCUGAAGAUGCUGGGAGAUACACCUGCAGCCCAAGUAACAGCCUCGGACGUCCACCCUCAGCAUCGGCGUACCUGAUAGUGCAUUACCCUGCCCGUGUGAUAAACAUGCCGCCUGUUAUUUACGUGGCCAUCGGACUGCCGGGAUUCAUCCGAUGCCCGGUAGAUGCCAACCCACCUGUCACUUCAGUGAAGUGGAAAAAAGACAGCCUGCCUCUGCGGAUAGAGAAGUACCCUGGAUGGAGCCAAAUGGAAGAUGGGAGCAUUCGAGUGUCAGAGGUGACAGAGGACUCUCUCGGCACCUAUACCUGUGUGCCUUACAAUAGCCUCGGUACAAUGGGACCGUCCCCUCCCGCCCCUCUGGUGCUAAAGGACCCACCUAAAUUUCUGGUGGUUCCUGGAGGGGAGUACAGGCAGGAGGCUGGACGAGAGCUGCUCAUCCCCUGUGAAGCAGAAGGAGACCCAUUCCCCAACAUUACAUGGAGAAAGGUAGGGAAGCCCAGCAGAAGCAAGCACAACGUCCUACCGAGAGGCAGCUUACAGUUCAAAUCUCUCAGCAAGGAGGACCACGGAAAUUGGGAGUGUGUCGCCUCCAACGUCGCCACGAGCAUCACUGCCAGCACGCACAUCCUAGUAAUCGGCACAAGCCCACACGCCCCCGCCAACGUACGCGUUUCGGUCUCUGCGACCUCAGCCAACGUCACGUGGGAUCCCGGUUACGAUGGCGGCUUUGAGCAGACAUUCUCAGUCUGGUACGGCCAUGUGGUGAAGAGGGAACAGUUAGGACCGCAUGACUGGCUGUCCACGCCUGUGCCCAGCGGGCAGCACUGGCUCCUGGUGAAUAGCCUGGAGCCCGAGACGGCCUACCAAUUUAGCGUCCUGGCCCAGAACAAGCUGGGGACGGGGCCCUUCAGCGAGGUCGUCACUGUGAACACACUAGUAUUUCCUAAAAGUACCCCAGAACCACUGGUGCUGCUUACCCCACCACGGUGCCUCACAGCCAACCGGACACAGCAGGGAGUCCUGCUCACAUGGAUCCCUCCAGCCAAUCACACGUCGCCAAUUGAUCAUUACAUCAUGGAGUUUCGCCUUGGGGAGAAAUGGGAUGUUCUAGACGAUGCAAUCCCUGUUGGAGAAACAGAGCUUUUGGCUAGAGACCUGAUUCAGGAGGCCUGGUAUGAGUUCAGAGUUAUGGCAGUUAUGGAAGAUCUUAUCAGUGAGCCGAGUAAUAUUGUUGGAGUCUCCAGCACAGAGUACUUUCCACCUCCCGAGGUGCCAGAAGAGGGGCUGGCUCGGCCGGUAGUGGCAGGCAUUGUGGCCACCAUCUGUUUUCUGGCAGCAGCGAUCCUCUUCAGCACGCUAGCAGUCUGCUUCGUCAACAAACAGAGACGCCGCAAGCUGAAGAGGAGACGAGAUCCCCCUCUGUCUGUAACACAUUGUAGAAAAAGCGUGGAGACUCCGAGUCCUCUUACCCCACUGCCUGGCAUUGAACCCUACUUUGAAGGGCAGGAGAGGAGCAGCUACAGGCCCCCGCCCUCCAGUCCUCUGUCAUCUGGAAAGUUAAGUCCAGAGAGUGUCCGCUCCAUGGGACCACCUUCAGAGUCUUCAGAGGAUGGUUCACGAACUAAGAAGAGUCCUGCCAAGGAGAAGGAACUGUCCUUAUACAAGAAGACCAAGAGAGCAAUAAUUAGCAAGAAAUACAGUGUCUCGAAACAUGAGGCAGAGGCCACCACACCUAUUGAAUUGAUCAGCCGUGGUCCGGAUGGUCGAUUUGUCAUGGAUCCAACAGAUAUGGAGAGUCCAGUUAAGGCACGGCGCAUUGAGGGCUUUCCAUUCGUGGAGGAAUCUGACCUGUACCCUGAAUUUCGACAGUCUGAUGACGAGAAUGAUGAUCCGGGGCCGAUGCCACCUAUGAUGGCUACCCUCAGACCCCAUCAUAUAUCCCCCAUCUCCUCAAGCCAGGACUCUUAUUUGCAGCCCCCUGCCUAUAGUCCUCGCUUUCAGAGGCCCAUGGAAGGUUUGACUAUCAUGGAGACCAGUCGGCUCCAGGCUACAGGACAGAUCCGUGGUGCUCCUCACUUCCGAGCUUUUUCCCAUGGCCAGUUCUACAGCUAUUUGGGAAGUCCUGGGGAACCUGAGCCUCCACCUCCUUUCUACAUGCCAGAAACCAGCCCACUCAGCUCAGUAAUGUCUUCACCCCCUUAUCACUUCGAAGGCCCCUUUGGACAUCCCGCCAUCCCUGAGGAAGUUGGUGAGGGAGAGAUUCAGCAUUAUGCAGUCUCUGGCUACACCCUUCCCUUGGCACACCCUUCCUCACGCUCUCCCGACAUCUGGCAGCGACCUGAAUUCUCAUUUGCCACAAUUGAGGGCCCUCAUUUUAUUUUUCCACCCCCGCACCCUUUGCAUUUUCAUCCAGAACCUCCCCUUCCUCCCCCUCUUGUUCUUCCUCCUAGUGCCCUCCAGGUAUCUCCUUACCCUGGUAUCCUGCAGCUGGAGGCCCCAAAGAGCCGCCCAGGCAAGUCUCCCAGCAAGGUCAAGCCUCAGGGCCUUCCAGCCAAGCGUUUACCUAUGCAAGAGGCACAGAGUCUAGGGCAGCUAAGACACACAAGCCACGGUAUGGGUGUACCGGUAUUGCCUUACCCUGACCCAGUGUCUCACAUGGUUGGCCCAAGCUCAUUGGGAAGCCUGGACACCCGAUGGUACGAGCUGACACCAAGGCUUAGCCCCAGGCAGCCCCGAAGGAUGGAACCCAGCAUGGUUGUUCUCCAGCCAUCCCGCCUCUCACCCUUAACCCAGAGCCCAAUUAGCUCUCAUGAAGGCUCACCAGAGAUUGUAGUGCGACCCAGGCCCCGCCCCAGUGUCAUUCAACCCCAGAUUCCUCCUGAGAUGUCUGAGAUUACCCUCCAACCUCCUUGUUCUGUUAGCUUCUCUAAGGGGUCCUCUCCCUCCUCGUCUCCCGCUCAAGGCCAAGGCAGCCGAAGAGCAAGUCCCAGCUACCGAUCCCACAUGGCGUAUGCCACCUCAGCAACAAGCUAUCCGUCACAGUCCCCUUCACCUCCUGUAGAAAGCAGCAACAUUUUUGGGCAGAUGCCAACCCAGAGGAGGACUGAGGAGGAGAUUCUUCCGUCAGAACCCUCUCCACCACAGUUAUCAGCUUCAGGAAAACGUCGAGGUGCAUCAAGUGGCUCUGCAGGGUCUGAGAGGAUAGAAGCACUCAGAUAUCAACGAGUGAAAAAAGUCAAGAAAGUCGGAGUCAACAAUAACAACUCCAAGAGCAGACGAAAGACGGGUGUGCCCGCCUCUCAGACCCAGCAGCCCCACACCUCUCAGGUCCUCCAGCCAGAAGAAGCUCUCUACCUCCGCAAGAAGAAGAAAAAGUUGACCCGCCAGGACCCGUACACCCGCUUCUCCGCUCUGCUGUACCGUCGUCCGCCCCAAGAAGACCAGAAGGCCAUUUUGGCAAGCAUGGACACGGCAGACCCAGACCAUGCCACUCUUCUCUAAAGUCCAAAAGAGAACAGGCCACCCUCUCUGAGCUCCUUACACCAUCUUUAUGUCCACACCUGACUUCAAUGGUUGACUUUCUUUACUCUUACUAAGUCACAACAUAAUGCCGGUCGAAAGCGUUUCAGCAAGGUUUUGCUACAGUUCAUAUACCUCACAUUUAAAUGGAUUGGUAUUUAGCAGCUUUUAAGAGGAUUUCGUUUCUCAUUACAUGGUUGUCAAGCCUCUCUUUUAUUCUGCAGGCAUGUCAAUAAUAUCUCGUGGUUGAUCACAGGGUUAGUACAGAUAUACCUCAGAUUCAUCUAAAGCUUAGCAGCAAACACAAUUCAUUUUUUUUUUUAGAACUUACCAAAAUGCACAUCUUUAACAUACUUGCGUUAACCAUACAAGAUGGAUGUGGAUCUGGGUUAAAUUUUGCAUUUGACACAGUGCCCUUUAUUUAUAUUUGCAAGGCACCAUAACUAUGGUAAGGUAUUACAGAUGGACAAAAUAAGCAUUGUGUGAGUGAAUGUAAGUGUGUGUCUAUAAUUUCUCCCUGAGGAAUAUGAUGAAAUUACAACGGUUUUAUAUUACAGGAAAUUAUAUAAAUUCUCUUAAAUUACAAAGCACAAUGAUUCAUGUAUCUGCUAAGGCUGUAGGAAAGAAAGAUGCAGGCGUAUGGCAGCCAUUUGAGAAACCAUUAAAAUAUUCAUUUCUAUUUUUCUUUUUUGAUAAACAUAUAAGAUGUAUAUCUUUUGAACGAAGAUCAGCACUGGAGCAAAACCUUGUUGGCUGCUUCGCCUUGAUAUCUAUAUCUAUUUAAAGCUAACCUCACUUCUCUUGGUUAUCAAGUCCUAUUCAAAACAUACUAUAGUAAUGCCAAAAAUACUACAGCUUCCUAAUCAAUAAGACAAUAUGUGUACUGUACUGUGAGGAGGAUAGGAUUUUGUGCCAUAAUAUACUAUAGUAUUUUUAGCAUUUACAAUACGAUGCCCCCUUGCAUUUAAAAAGGCCCUAACAGGGCUCACAUUCAUAAGAUUUGUUUCUGUUUAACUCAACAAAACUAAAAUGUACUGCCUUUGUGGGCUACUGUAGAGCCUUUUGUUUUUUUUGGUCUCUCUCCUCUGUCAAGAUCUCUUUGGGAUGAGAGGGCUAUUCCCAGCGGCCAAAGGUUUUUAUUGUGUUUCUAUCAUCCAACGGUGCUUCUUUUCUAAAGAUAGACAUGUAUUUUCACUGUCUUACCAGACAUAACUAUACAUAUAGUGUGCUAGCCAUUGUCAAAGGGGGACAUUAUGGCCGUCAGGAGACCAGUGGCAUGAUCUGUAUGUCUUAUCACUUGAUGUACAUUCAGCUCAACGGUGGGCUUGUACAUUUGAAAAUGUCUCAAAUAAGUGGCUGAACGGUGAACUUUUAUCAUUAUGACUUUAUAGUGCGUGGUUCUAGCUAAGCCCCUUUCAGUGGCCAACCUCCACAUUAUAGGCAUUUUAACAGCCUAUACGUAAGGUGCUAUCAAACUUAUGAAGUCUUCAGAGUGUACUAAUAUUAAUAUUGUUUUAUGUCACUAGUUUGAUCUUCCGGCAGAUAAUGGCUGCUGCUUAUCUCCUGAACACCUCAGUAUUGGAUGAUUUAGGAUUUUAAUACCAUCCUGCAUCUGUUAUUGAUAAGCCUUCCGCUGUCUGCUGUGAUAUCUUGUGAGGUCAUCGGACGAUAUAUCAACAUUCAUACUUGAUUGUAUAAGUGUGCUGAACGUUAGCAUCAGGUUUGUGUUUUUAGCUGUGGAGUUGUUAAAGGGAAGCUAGGGAAGUUGAAAACUGGCACACACAUGCGAUGAUGAUUUUGUUACAGUCGCGAUGUACUGUAAUAUCCGCUUAUAUGAGACCAGCGCAUUAAGUGCUCCUUUUUAAGUAUCAUAAUGUUUUAUUUGCCUUGUAUUGAUUUUUAAGAAUGACGCCAUCUUCAGCUUGUAGAGAUUUUAUUUUGCAUUGUGGUAUGAGAGCUGUUCAGACCCUCCAACCAUGGUUGAGCCUCCAACCAUUUGUGCGUUGUGUGAAUCGAUGGCUUGAAAUUUCGAGCGCAGACUUGAUUGUUUAUUCGUGUAAUUGUUGUUUCAUUUGUAAUUCAAGUAACCACAUUAGAUGAGACCUACAUACUAAAGUUAGGUAUUUUAUGUGUGUGCAACAACAUUAGAUAGACAACUGAUGUUGUUCAUAGAUGUGCUGAAGUAUUUUUGAUCCAUUUCACUGGCAAAUAUGGUGCUUUCUAAAAAGAUAUACAACUAUUUAAUUACCUUAAUAUUGUGUUCUUUUUUAUUUAAAGCCUUCAUACGAAAGAGUAAUAUGAAAAUGAAUAUCCAAAAUGCUAGGAAUGUACUGUAAUAUUUGUAUAUAAUAUAUUAGCAUAUAUUGCACAAUGUAUUAUAAAAUUUUAGUAAUUUUGAAUAAAUUGGCCAAUAUAUGCACUCAUCGUAAUAUAUUGAUAGAAAAAAUAUUGUCAUAUUUUGGAUUCAGUUUCUAAUGCUAUCUUCUGUUCGUUUUUCACGAUGGCUGGAAUGCAUGAGAGCAUUUUUGAGCCAAGAGAGCUUAAUGUGUCAGUCCAUGUUGAAUUCACCUUCACUUUAAAUUUGCAACUUAAUUUUUUUUUAAAGAGCUAACAGUGGAACGUUUGAGUCUGGGAAAGCUGUCUAAAGCUACAAGAUUAUCAGUCUAGCUCAAAUUCAACAUUGCGGGUGACUUUGUAGCAUCAAUUGUUGAACAGAUUGUCUAGCUUUAAUGAACUGUAUUGAGAUUUUGGGAGGUAAUUAGUGCUAACUUGAUUUGGCUCAUAGGCAAUGUAAAAUGAGAUUUAUUGUAGGAUUGUUGAGAUUGAUAAAAUCAACCUUUAUAUUUCAGUAGCUUUAUAGAUAUGAUAGAGAUUCAUCCAGGCAUUAGUUUCAUUAUUUAUUUUAUUGUACAAAUUUUUAUAUCUAAAAAUUAAAACAUAUUACUUUUGACAAUACAUCUCAAGCUAAGCAUUUUUCCAUUCCAGUUCAUUUUUAAGGUGCAUCGUUUUUAAUAAAAGCAUCUUAGUAAAUCUUGGUCCUUUGUUUUGAUUGAAAAAGUAGUAAUUUCACAUUCUGUGAACAUUUAGCAAUUUGCAUCUUCUAGGUUUAUUUUUCCAUAAAAAAAUGUAUUGUGUUUACAUCCCAUUCACAUUUAUGUUCAGAGCAGAUGCUUACCAAAGCAACUUUCAAGAAAGUGCACAUAUUGCAUACUUGGCAAGUACUCCCAUAUCAUUAUUCAUUAUUAUGGAAAGAAUGAAGCUCUAUUUAUCAGCACAUGGUUUUAUCCCAUCUGUAGAUUGUUUAAAAUGUUGCAGAUGAUGUUUAGAUACAGAUCCAUGUUGCCAUUAGUAUGUACUUUAACUUCUUAACACUUUGUUUCCAGUCAGAGCAGGAUAGCUUUAAUAUAUGGAGAUGGGAUUUAUCUGUAAAACCACUGUUAGGCUCUUGUAAGUCGAAGCCUUGUUGUAUUAGAUACAUGUUUACAUGAGUAGUAAAUAGAUUUGUAUUUUUAGCAUGAUUUUGCUGAAUGUUACUAAAUCAAUCAAUCAUAGCAUGGGUGCAAAGAGACGUCAUGACUUUUCUUCUUGCCUUUUAUUCUGAUAUUUUUGGUUAUUUAAUAAUUUAAUAUUUUUUCAAUUUCUUAUGUACUUUGGAAUGUAAUUGAAGAGCUCAGAUGCAAAAGUCAUCAAAGAUAAUAUUGACAAAAUGUUCUCGGCACGUAUUAUAUGUUCAUCAAAUAUGUUCACUUCAAAUCCGGCCUCAGGCCAUUUAGAAAUACCAGUUUGUUGGCAAAGUCUGUUAAUCGCCACAGCGAUUUUUCUUCAAAGUCGGAAGACAAAUAUGUACGGACCCUGAAUCCCAUUUAAACUUGUGUCCCUUGUGAAUACUUGAUUCUGAAUGCAACACGAAUGUACCAGCCACAUGCAUCAACAGCGCCCCCUGAUGUGUGGUUCACUUUCUUCAAUUUUUUUAUUCUGAUUUUCAUAAUUUGCAAUGUUUCUAGCUGCAUCUUUAGUUUACUAUGUCUUUAUUUUACAAAGUGGAGUUUUUUUCCGAAAAGCUUGCAUGCACUUAGAGGGGUUUGCAGUGAAAGACAUUCAAAGAAUAAAAUUACAUUUGUGACAAUAAGGCAUUUUACUGACUAAUAAACUUUUCAUUGCCAUCAAAGUGAAAUUACUGAACCUAAACAUAAGAUAAAAAUGCUCAUUUACAAAAAAGUCAGACGCACUUAGAGGGUUUUGCAUCUGAACUCUUUAAUUAUAAAUAAUAAAGUGACACAAAGUAAACCCAUUACAUACCCAACACAUUUUAAACAUUUCCCGAAACUUUUAAAAGCUCAAGCAGGCGAAUGGGGCUUCGUCCAUUUAAAACACUUUCAACUUUUACAUUUGAAAAUCCAAGCCUAGAAAACUUGUGGUUAAUUUUAUUUAUGACAAUUGCAAAAUGUUAUAUGCCUAUGUACCAAUCUACACUGCGUUUCAGAUUGUUAACACAACUAAUGAGUUAAAUGAACUAAUGUUUAAGUUAACGUCUCAAAAUAUAACCUCGUAUACAUCAGGGAUACAAAAAGCAUAAGAAUGAACAAGCUGCUCAUAGUUUUGCUAUACAGUCUCAGAGAGAGAGAGAGAGAGAGAGAGAGAGAGAGAGAGAGAGAGAGAGAGAGAGAGAGAGAGAGAGAGAGAGAGAGAGAGAGAGAGAGAGAGAGAGAGAGAGAGAAUGAAUCAGCACAAUGAAGAGUAUAUGGAGGUCAAGUCCUCACAUAGCAUUCAGAGCAUCAUCAGACUGCAGGAAAUACAUACAGUACAGAUUAUCAGGAUACCAGCUCCACAGCGGACACACAUACAUACAAUACCACAAGGUGUAUACUGUUGUGGACAAAAAUAUUGGCACCCUUGGUAAAUAUGAGCAAAGACAGCGGUGAAAAUAAAUCCACAAUGUUUCUCCUUUUGCGCUUUAAUUAUAAAAAAAAUCAAAGAAAUAAAAUGAUUUAUUGAAGUAAAUAAAUUAAAAUUGUGGGGAUUUAUUAUUUAUAUAAAUACACACUGGACACAAUUAUUGGCACCCCUAGAAAUUUUAAUGAGUAAAAAAUAUCUCAUGUAUAUUCCCAUUGAUACUAAAAUUUUAGCACACCAAGGUGACUAAAUCAUGAUAUUGUCCAAUCAUGACUUUCUGUUUCACCGCGGAAUAAAUAUUAAGGAACACAAAUCCCUUUAUUCAUUCAUCACAAUGGGUAAACCCAAAGACUUUAGUUCUUAUGUUCGAUUGUUGAGCUACACAAAGUGCAAAGUGGAUUUAAGGAAAUAGUUAAAACCAUAAAAAAUCUAUUUCCACAAUUAGGGCAAUAAUGAAGACAUUUAAAUCAACUGGAGAUGUUUGCAAAUCUGCCUGAAAGAGGACGUGUGUCUAUAUCAUCUUAAUGCCCACCAAGGACAAUAAUUCGAGUGGACAAAGACUCUCCAAGGACCACAGAUGGAAAACAUUAUCUGGGGUCAGAAAGCUUAAAAAAAAAUAAAGGAAAAUAGCACCACCAUCACCACAAGUUUUUUGGGACAAAGUUUAAGAUAUCCUCUGUUCUCAUGCAAAAACAAACGUCAGCAUAUUAAUUUUGCAUACUGGAACUUUAAACAGGACUGGGUUCUGCGGCCAUACGAAAAAAAAAGAGUUUAUUGGCAGCAGGAACACAAGAUAGCUUGGUGCCCACAGGAAUUAAAAUGUGGUCCAUGUCUACAGUUAAAUAUAAAUCUGAAUCUUUAUUAUUAUAAACUCAGUUUAAUACCAGAGGUCCUGGACAUCUUAUUCAGAUACAUGGUGUCAUGGAAUAUAUUAAAUACCAACAGAUAAAAAAGUCAAAACCUGACUUGCUCUUCUAGAAAUCUUACAAGGGGUCAUGGUUAAAUCUUCCUUCAAGACAUUGGUUCAAAACUAACAUCAACAAAAAAUGGGUCACUCAGCACAACAUCAAGGUUCUGCCGUCCCAGUUUCCUGACCUGAACCAUACAGAAAAAGCACCAACAUUUGAAGGGUCUGUAUGGAGGAAUAAUAUAAGAUCACUUGCCAUGAAUUCUUUAACCUCAUCAAACUCAUAAUACAGGACGGAGAGCUCUUAUCCUCGCAAAUGUGAUACCCCACACUUUCAAAUAUUUUUUAUCAACAUUGGAUUUUUGUGAUUUUUUUUAAUUAAAGCUCAAAAGGAGAAACAUUCUGGAUUUAUUUUCACAGCGUUCACUACUCAUAUUUACCAAGGGUGCCAAUAUUUUUUUCCACAACUUUCUGUAGAGUGCAAAUCAUGCAAUAUAUAUUUUUUGUAUAUGAGGAUAUGUGGAUAUGGUACCACUGUUGCUGUCGACGGAUGAGUGGAAAUUCUUAUUGAUCUGUUUAAGUGACGUAUAGAAACAUGUAGCAGGCCUUCCCCUUUAAUUAUCUGUAAUGUGAAUGAUAAAACUGUUACAGAUGAUGUUUUAAAAUAAAAUGAUUUAACGUUACACACUAGUAGAAAUGCAAACCAAAGUGGAUGGUGUCAGCUUCGUUUUUGAUUUUGAAACUUUUGCUGUGUGUUUCACUGUAAUCCACUGGUUCGUGCAACACAAUAUCGAAUACAUUCUCACCUUUCCAAUUGGCAAUUACAUGAAUUUUUUUCUCAUUCUUAUUUCUGAAUUUAUCACAUUUAUUUGAAAUAUUGUGCCAUUUUUAAGAGAAUCAUAUGGACAUUAUGAAUAUUAUAUUUGCUGCAUCAAAACAAAUGAAUGUAUUGGAUAUGUGAAAUAUACUGGAUGUUGCUGUACAUUAUUAAUUAGGCACACAGUGAAUUGAAACAUGAAUAUGACAGAUCAUGACCUGUCACUGAUCCCUGUGUGAAGUAUAUCUGACAUGCUCAGUACAGUAAUCACAUUCAGUUCAAUAUACCUGCAGAGAUCAUCUUUAUCAUUAACAACCACUCAUUAUGGUGUCUAGUGCUGUCUGAUUGAUCAGAUCAAGAUCUCUGUGACUACAAUGGCAUUUGGUGGUAUAUAGUGGGGGUUGGGGGUAGGGUGUAUGCACCUGCAAUAUGUAUAGCAGCACAGUCCAAGAUUAAUGUAUUCUGUAUUCUUAAUAUAGUCAACAGACUGUACAAGUAGAAAUAUUUUGACAGUGUACUGUAUGUAUAAAUAAUAACAGAUAUUUAUAGUUGCGUAAUAAAGGAAAAUUGGAGUCUUUAAUUUUGUACUGCACUGAAAAUCGAGAAGAAAUGUUCCAAUUUAGCUGUCUUGUUUAUGGAGAAAUAAAUGUUCUUUCUGCUGUUAGAGGCUCAUGGUAGCAAGGUGUGGUUAUUAGCGAACUAGCAGAUGAUGCAAACUGCUUUUAUAGUAGGUAUUCGAACAGUAACUUUUAUCCAUAGACCUCAGUGUGGUGUGUAAGCAGCCAUACCAUGUAACAUAUCAUGACUUGGUGCUAUUGCUGAUCUAUUUUGUGGUCCAGACAUUUCUCACCACUGAACAAUCCUUCCUGUAGUAGCUGUAAAUGCAAGCAAGAAAAUCAUACAUCAUACUUUACUAUGUGAAUGGGUUACUAAAACAAGAAAUAGAAAAAAUGAGAUCCAGUCAUGAAAUAAAUUUGGACAUUAGGGGGUCAAUAUAGUUACAAUGGAAAAUAUUUUUUGCUAUUUUAUUUGCUGUCAAUUUUGUGUUCAGUCCUCGUAUAAACUACUAAAUACUCUAUAAGCUUCUAUAAACUUUUUUUAAAGAAAUUUGUCAAACAGCAUUAUUAUCCUUUUUUUUUUUUACAGCAGAAUAACAAAGUUAACCUUUAUGGUAGCCUCAAAAUUCAAUUUGUACCGAUGUAAAAGAUUUGCACCACCACUGCCUCUUUCAAUUUCAUUUGUAGAAUUAUUUGCAGAUUUGCACAUCACAAUAUGACCUCAUAAUCAUUCAGAGUCAACUAGCAUUGUUGUCAAUAGACAUCCGUAUGCUGUCAGCAUUUGCCUGCACAGAAGGUUAACUGAAUUAAACAUUGCAUACAAGACUGCAUGGUGUUGUCAUCUGAGAACAUUAACACCGGAUUUUGUGUCAUUUUUGUCUUCAUUAAUAAAAGAGGUUUUUAUUUGACUUUCAAAUGGUUUAAUUGGUUUUAUAUAUGUGUUUAAAUAGUGAUUGACCAGAUUUGUCACUCAAGGGACAUUUUGUCAUCUACUCACCCUCAUGUUGGUCAAGUCAUGUGUAAGUUACUUUCUUUAUCUGUGAAACACAUGUACAAACACGCAGAGUGAAAUAAAUAUGACUAUUUUAAUUUUUGAGUUAACCAUUAUUUCAGGAAAAAUAUUAAACACAAUAAGGAAUGUAAGUGUCCUCUAUGUUCUGUAUAAUUUAAUCUCAUGUGUUGUAAUGCCACUUCUGCUGUGCAAUAGCUGUGAUUUAUUGAUUUGAUGUUUUUUAUACAUUUCAUAAAUGAAAUUCAGAUUGCAUUUAGGGUUAACUAUGUUUAUCUCUUGUAAUAGAACUGCACAUUUUUCCAUGUCUGCAUUGUGCUAAAUGAGUUUCAUUGAGUUUUCAGUACUAGUAUGGUAUAGUUUUACAUUCUGCAGUAGCUCUGAAAUGACAAAAUGACAAAACCUCAGACAAAAUGGAUCAACAUCAAGCUAUACUUUAAAUCUACUUUAAAGAGGUGCUUUAUUCAUCAGAAACUAAGUUUAGAGAUUUUGUUAGCCUACAGCAAGAAGAGAAGACAUAUUCUGAUGCAGCAGUAUUCACAAAAUACACAACAGGGACAAAUAUAUUAAAGUAGUGAUUAUUAAAAAUGGCUAACAAUACAAGAUAACCUCACUUUGAUUCACUUUACAGCUCAUUGACAUGUUCACAUGCUAGAACCAUUUUUUUCUUUUCCCCUUAAAAUGUUUUGUAUUUUGAGAUAAUAAAAGAAAAAAGAAAA